UAGCGCGAGUCUCCAGGUGGGGAACGCAGUAGGCGCGCUGAGAGCUACUGUAUUCUUGUUGUGUCGUUGGUCUGCGGAGACUCAGCGCUAAAGCGGCUGUCAGCGAGGCCAGCCAAGGGAGGGUCCGGCAAGACUUCCGAGCGCGGAAAUGCCAGGGGGCCGGUAGCCUUAGGGCGGGGGGAGAGAACGCCGCCUCUCCCGCCCUCUGCAGAGGAAACGAGCCGGGUAAUGCGCGUCGGUCCCUGCAAAGGCGGGGUCGCCCCGCUUGCGGAAGGGCGCUGGGGUUCGCCGUAAGGCUCAGGUUUCCCCAGGUGAAGCCCGAGCCUGUUGCGUGGAGCGCUGGGACUCGAUGCUGUAGUCGGCGCUGCGGUUCCCAGCCUGAUUUGGGGGCAGACGCUGCGUUGUUGUCGUGUGUUUGGUUUAAGCCAGAAGGGCAGAACAUUCACCCCGUUGACUUUCCUGGACUUUCCUUGGUGCUCUCUGAGCUUGGCGGUUUGCUUGCAGACGUUUCAUUAUCCGACUAGGUAACAUCAUCAGUGCAUCUGCAACGCUGAGCUAUACAUUCAACCCUGAGAUAUAUAUUAUUUUCUGUUGUUUCCUGCACCCCUCAGUCAUACUCCAGCUUUCUGGAUACUCGGCCAGGACAGAGCAGAGAAAAUGGUUCUGGCCCAGCUGGGAAGUAGUGCCCAGAAAGACUUCAGCCUGCAAAGCGCUUCCUGAGAACUGGCGGCUCAGGAAAGGCCAGCUCCAAUUAAAGAAAAGGUGGGAAAUGGCAGAGCCUUCUCUCUGGAAGGGGCCUUGGUCGGGAAUGCCUACACGUUCCCAGGCAGGAGCCGGAGGUGCUGCGCAAAAGGAGCCUUGCCUGGAAGCCCUUUGCCUCCUCCGAUUCUGGGCUGGUUAAAUUGCAAGGAAGAGCCUCCAGAUCCACUCUACUUUAAACGCACGGGCACUGCCGUCUCAGUCUUAACCCACAUCCCUUGAUUUACCAAGGGAAAGCAUCCACUAUGAAGGGUUUCCUGUGUAGCUCUGAACAAGAAUGGGAGUUACUCACUGUGUGUAUCUACCAAGAAAAAGGUUUCAUACUGACGGACUGCUGAUGACCAGUAGGAAUUGCUUGUCUUCUUUGAGACCGUUUUGUUCCAGAGUAAUUUGUGCAUGUUCAGAAAAGUUGAAAGACUCUAUCAUCAUCUUUAUGAUAGGAGGUCCUGGCUGUGGUAAGGGGGUGCAGAGUAUCCGGCUAUCUAGCAGAUAUGAUUUUUACCAUGUGGCUAUUGGAGAUCUGCUGCGGGAAGAAGCCAGCAGGAGUACUAGCAAGGGCAAGGUCAUUAGGGACAUCCUGCUGAAAGGGGCUCUGGUGCCCUCGGGCUACAUCUUGGACCUGCUGACUGAUAAGAUGCUAAAAGCUGAAAACUCCAAAGGAUUCUUCAUUGAAGGCUUCCCCCGAGAAAUCAAUCAAGCCAGGCUGUUUGAAGAAGUCGUGGGACGUUUGCCCAACAUUGUUAUAAUGUUUGACUGCUCUACAGAGAUUAUGAUCCAGCGGCUGAUGAUCAGAAGCCAACUGGGCCAAAGUGUGGAUGACAAUGAGAGAAUUAUCCGGCAGCGGCUUGAGACUCACUAUACACUGUGUGAGCCUGUCCUCACCUACUACCUGCAGAAGAGCAUUCUCCGAAAUGUAGGUCUCUAUCCUUGGCCCUUUCCCCCUGAUUCCAGGCAAGGCAGGCCUAGCUGCUGGGAUAGGAUAACUCUGCUCAGUUUGGUUCUUUUAGCAACACUUUCUGACAAAGAUGCUCUCUCUUGGCCAUUAAGAGAGCCACAUGUGAAGCUGGGCCCACCCAAAGAAUAGCAAUGAGAGAGGAAAAAAGGAGUAUGUGACAGUUAAAAUACAAAAAUUAGAAAGCAUACUAAGAAAUGUGUAAAAGGUUGCUAUUACAUAGAUUUGCAAUUUACUCAUAUACUUGCAUCAUGGUGCACAAAUUUGUACUUGGUUUGGGAAAAGCUGCACAAAACUAUUCCCCACCCCCCACCCCCCCACAUAGCACAUCAGAAAACAGAAUAAACAUUGCUUAGGGGAAAAUUAAAUUUGCUGCCCUGGGUAUAUUGUAUUAGAAUAGUGUCUAGUUUUACUAUUCUUAAUAAGUAUAUAUAGCGUAUUAGAAAUAUGUGGCGGUAUUGCAGAUUUUAACUUGUAUUUUGGCUCCCUAUCUACCAGUGGGCGUUUCAGAAGAAUCCUAAAUGUUCAAUUACAUUUUCUUUAAGCAUAUUGCUUUUGAUCCAGUAAAGGAAAAGCUCAAUAUAGAAUUAUUAAAAUUAUGAAAAAGGUAAUUAUUUUUCCCUUAGAAUAGCUAAAAUCUUUCUAGUUAACAGUUGCUGUGUCUUGAGAGCAUAGCAUUCCACAUGAACAUAUCCCAAUAAUAGUUAAUUUCAUUAUUUCUUAAAGCAAAAUUAUCACAGUGCAUUCUAACCAGCUUUUACAAGUUCAUUAUGUUUUUAUUCCUCUCAAGGUUGCCCAACAGAAUUGACUGGAAAUAGCUUCAGGAUAAAUAGAGAAAGCGCAUAAGCCAUUUCUUCAUUGAAAUCACAUUUAGCAUUGUAAAUUAACUGUCAUAAGGCAGGCUAAUUUAUGUGGUUUUUUUAAAGUUUGGCCAUAACAUCUUGGGGUAAUCUCCAUGUUCAGAAGAACAUAUUUCUCAGUAUCCUGUAAUGGUGAGGUUGCCUUAAUGGAUUAUUUCCAUAUUUUUCAGCAGCAUUUGAAUAAACAGCAGUAGUCUAUUCAAGCAGAGCUUUUUAUUUAGGGCUGUUUGGACAUCCCCAAAUCUGUAACUCUAUGAGCUAAGAUAACCCUCAGUCUAAAUUUAGGUAUUAUUAAAAGAAAAAGAGCUUAGAGAGGCUGGAUCAGUCUAGAUGAGUUAUCUAAGAGCCCCAUCACUGUUUUUGUA